GGCUGACAACUGUCUAAAGCAACAUGUCUGAUGAAGAGAAGAAAAGGAGGGCAGCCACUGCCCGUCGGCAGCACCUGAAGAGUGCUAUGCUCCAGCUUGCUGCCACUGAAAUAGAAAAAGAAGCAGCUGCUAAAGAAGUGGAGAAGCAAAACUACCUGGCAGAGCAUUGCCCUCCUCUGUCUCUUCCAGGAUCCAUGCAGGAACUUCAGGAGCUGUGCAAAAAGCUUCAUGCCAAGAUCGAGUCAGUGGAUGAGGAGAGGUAUGACACAGAGGUGAAGCUACAGAAGACUACCAAGGAGCUGGAAGACUUGAGCCAGAAGCUGUUCGACCUGCGGGGCAAGUUCAAGAGGCCCCCCCUGCGCAGGGUGCGCAUGUCUGCUGAUGCGAUGCUGCGGGCCCUGCUGGGCUCCAAGCACAAGGUCUGCAUGGACCUUCGAGCCAACCUGAAGCAAGUCAAGAAGGAAGACACCGAGAAGGAGAAGGACCUCCGUGAUGUCGGCGACUGGAGGAAGAACAUCGAGGAGAAGUCUGGCAUGGAGGGCAGGAAGAAGAUGUUCGAGGCUGGCGAGUCCUAAGCACCUGCCACUCCACACCCGUCCUCUGCUCCCUCCUG